UGAGGUUUCCUAUCUGAAACUGAAGCUGGUUGGCAUGGAGGAAAAGCAGAAUCACAGUGUAGAGAGACAACACAAAGCUGAGGGCCUGUUCCAAGAGCUAAAACUGCUCAAAAAUAAAGUGGAGGAGCUUGAGGAUGAAAAGUUGCAGUACGAGCGAAAACUUAAGGCUACAAAGGUCGAGAUCUUAAACCUUCAGCACCUGCUUCAGUGUAAAAAUGCUGAGAUCGAGAACCUUCAGGCCCAGCUCCUGUCCAGAUCCCCUGUGUCCAUGGACAGCUCAGAAAGAGAGGAGAUAUACAGAAGACGUCUCAACACCAAACAUCAGGAAUUACAGAAGUUAAAAGCUGGAAUGGAAUUAUUAAUUGCAGCAAAUGAUGAAAAGGAUAAACGUAUAGAAGAACUCUCCAUUCUCCUGAGCCACUGCAGGCAGUUUCGAGAUGGCAUGACCUUGAUUCAGAACACUGCUGCAGCACAGAGUGGAAGUGAGGAGGACGAGCAAAAUGGAGGAGUGAAGUUGAGGGCUCUUACUGUCAAUUCUGAGAAGGAGACAGAAUCCAAAUCACAAAAAUCACAUCUGUCCAGCAGUGUGGAGGACUUGAAAGAUGAAGCAGCACAAAAGCCCAUAAAUGAGACUCCUGUAGAACCUGUUUGCUCAGAGGAGAAUCAGACCUCGCAGUCUAAGCUGCAGAAUACAAACUGUGUUCUUAUAGAGGGUGGCAAAAGUGACUCUUCAGAACCAAAGUCCCAAGAUGAAAGCGAGGACGGAGACCAAAACCUGAGAAAGUCAGAGAAAACAGAGAACACAUCUGAUCAUUCACCCUCAUCAUCAUCUGGUUUGGAUUCAGGCCAACAUUCGCCUGUCUCACAGGAAAACAUAAAGAACAACAGGAGCAUACGCAAACUCUGGGGAAAGAUCAAGAGAACACAAUCGGGGGGUCUGCACAAUGAUGAUCUAGAACCCACUGAGUUUAGAAGAGGCGGAUUUAGAGCCACUGCGGGACCCAGACUGGCUCGAACCCCUGAAUCAGGCCGCUCAGUUCGAGACAUGACUGUACCCUUCUCUAAGUGGACCACAGAACAGGUCUGUGGUUGGCUGGAUGACUCUGGACUCGGGCAGUAUGUUAAUUUGGCACGUCAGUGGGUGAUCAGUGGGCAAACUCUACUCUCUGCUACACCACAGGAAUUUGAAAAGGAGAUGGGCAUCAGACAUCCUCUACACAGAAAGAAGUUGCAGUUGGUACUCAGGUCAUUUAGCAACAAGGCGAUGGAGAAAUCAUCUGAACUUGAUCACAUCUGGGUAACACGCUGGCUGGAUGACAUUGGUUUACCUCAGUACAAAGACCAGUUCCAUGAGAGCAGGGUAGAUGGCAGGAUGCUUCAGUAUUUGACAGUGAAUGACCUUUUGUUCCUGAAAGUCACCAGUCAGCUUCAUCAUCUCAGCAUCAAAUGUGCCAUCCAUGUUCUCCACGCCAACAAGUUUAACCCCCACUGUCUGCGGCGCAGACCUGGAGACGAGAAUAAAACGUCUCCCUCUGAGGUUAUGCAGUGGUCUAAUCAUCGGGUGAUGGAGUGGUUGCGUGCUGUAGAUUUAGCUGAAUACGCUCCUAAUCUCAGAGGCAGUGGAGUCCAUGGAGGCCUCAUAAUUUUGGAGCCUCGUUUUAACUCUGAAACCUUGGCCUUGUUGCUGAACAUCCCACCUCAGAAGACCCUUCUAAGACGUCAUUUAGCCACGAACUUCAACUCUCUGGUGGGAGCCCAGGCUCAGCAGGAGAAACGAGAGUAUGCAAAUGCAAGUGGGCACACGCCUCUCACCACUACUGCUAAAGUCAGGCCAAAGAAGCUUGGCUUUACCAACUUCGGCCAUUUGAGGAAAAGGAGGCAAGAUGAUUCAGCAGACUAUAUUUGCCCAGUAGAAAUGGGAAACUCACCAAUUCUGAAUGGUACAACUCACCAGCUCCAGCAAAGCUUCAGGGGUUUGAGCCCAAUCACGGACAAAGACUCUAGUAAGGUGGAUCAAAAUGGGCUAAAAUGAUGAUUAGAACCUUCAACCAGUGUAUAGUUUCUUUUUUGCUGUGCUUCAUCUCCUGGCAUUGUUUUUUUCUAUUCGGAUGGUUAGCAUCAGUGAAAAUCACAUACAUGCUGCUUGAUGAAUUAUAAGAAAAAAACUGCAUUAAUUCUUUUGGGAAACAUGCAGAAUUGUUGUAUUAUACAUUAUGAUGCUAUUUAAUUAUAUUGACUGUGUAUAUUUUUGGCAUGAUGAAUGGCUGGAACCUGAAUUUACUGGUGUAUAAUUCAUUCAUUCAUUAAAG